GGGCGUGAGGAAGCCCGGCUGUGCCUGAAGAGAACGGACCAGAGGAGGGUGAAGGGCGGUGGGGGGUGCUGCCCGGCUGCAGAGCCCCGCUUUGUUCUCGGGGGAGCAACCUACGGACACAUGUGUGGCCCAGCCGAGAGGAGCGGGGUGCUGGGUGCCUCCCUGAGCCGCCGUGCCCCUUCUCGCGUGUCACUUUGCACGCGUGUGCCCCUGCCUGUGUCUUGUGUGUGCGUGUGUGUGUGCGCGUUGGGUGCUGGGCUUGGGGCUGGUUUUGGUGGGGUUUUUUUUCCUUUCCUUUUUUUUCCCCUCGCUUGCUCCAGGUUUUACUUCUGGUUGCCUGUAAGGGUUUUGCUCCUCCCUUCUGAAAUCCUAUAUUAGCCGUGGCCAAAGCCGUGUAAGAAACACAGCUCAUUGUUGGCAAGUGCCGAUGAGCCUCGCAGAGGAGUGAAGCGCAGCGCAGCGCCGGGGCUGCGGCAGCGACCACCGCGCCGGGGAGGGAGCCGGGGCCGCCCUCUCUAUGCUGGGUGACUUCUGCUAACCGAUUUCACCGCCACCUUCGAAGCAAGAGCAGGAAGAAGCCGGGAGGUGGGCGAUGGCAGACCACAUGAUGGCCAUGAACCACGGGCGAUUCCCGGACGGAUCCGGCGGGCUGCACCACCACCCCGCGCACCGGAUGAGCAUGGGGCAGUUUCCCACCCCCCACCACCACCAGCACCAGGCGCCGCCGCCACCGCAGCAGCAGCACGCCUUCAGCGCUCUAAUGGGCGAGCACCUCCACUACGGCGCUGGGAGCCUGAACGCGAGCGGCGGGGGGAGGCACGCCGUGGGGCCGGGCAGCGUGAGCGGAGGGCACCCGGCCGGCAGCCUGGCUCCCGCCGCCCGCUUCGGCGGCUCCCAGUUCCUGGCCCCCCCCGUCGCCAGCCCGGGAGGGCAGCUGAGUGCCAGCAUGCAGCUCCAGAAGCUGAACAACCAGUACUUCAGCCACCACCCUUACACCCACAGCCACUACAUGCCGGACUUGCACCCCGGCAGCCACCAGCUGAACGGCAGCAGCCAGCAGCAUUUCAGGGACUGCAAUCCCAAGCACGGCGGCGGCGGGAGCGGUGGGAGCGGGAGCGGGCUACCGCCUGCCGUCCCCCACGUUCCCGCAGCAAUGCUGCCGCCCAAUGUCAUAGACACUGACUUCAUCGACGAGGAGGUCCUCAUGUCCUUAGUCAUCGAAAUGGGGCUGGAUCGCAUCAAGGAGCUUCCCGAGCUGUGGUUGGGACAGAACGAGUUUGACUUCAUGACAGACUUCGUUUGCAAACAGCAGCCCAGCAGGGUGAGCUGCUGAUUCAUUUAAAACAAACAAAGGACUUUCUAUCGGUGCGAAUGAAAACAUUCCCCUAGACACGGUGUCUCACUUUUCGGGGCUUGAAAAGGUGAGAAUCUGGAAAGCAAGAGUCAACUAUGCGCUUGUAUAAAUUCUUUUUUUCUUUUUCUUUUUUUUUUAAUUACUGCCACUUUUUUUUGUAGCUUUGACAUUCACGUCCCCUCCCGUAGCCAUAAUUUCUAGCGAACUGUUACCUUUUUAUGUUGGUUGCCCCCCCUUCCCCUCCUUGUUCUCUUAAUUUCCUUGCAGUAACGUGCCCAUAAUUCCCACAGUGCUGAACUGUUAGACAUUAAUCUUGGCAAAUUGCUUAAUCUGGUGGAUUUUGUAAACGAUGAUUUCCAACGACUUGAACCGCAUUCAAAUUCUGAGUGAACAGGGACAAAAAAGCCUGCAUUAGUUGGUUGCAUGAACUUUGAAGGGCAGAUCCUACUGCACAAAUGCUGCCAUCUUGCUUAAUUUUUAACUAUGCAUUGCAGUGCAGAACAAUAAUUUAUUUUACCUUUUUUUUUUUUUUUUUUCCAAUACGCUAAACUGGAAGCUUAACAGAUGUGGGCCAAACCUUUCCAGAUCAGGACAAGUAAUACUAUUACUUAAAAAGUCUGCUGCCCAUUCCCCCUCCCCCAUAUAUGUACAGACAAUAAUAUGGUGUGGAUGGAAUGUUGACUAGUGGCAAACAUUUCACAGAUUAUUUUUUUUUAUUAUUAUUAUUAUUUUGUUUCCGUCUUCAGCGUUUUGACACUGUGCUAAUAUAGUUUAUUCAGUACAUGAAAAGAUACUACUGUGUUGAAAGCUUUUCAGGAAAUUUUGACAGUAUUUUUGUACAAAACAUUUUUUUGAGAAAAUAUUGUUAAUUUAUUCUAUUUUAAUUUGCCAAUGUCAAUAAAAAGUUAAGAAAUGCUUUAGUUUUUCUAGAAGUCAUUUACCAGUAUUUUUCUUCAAAACUCUUCCCCACUGCCCCUGGUAAGUAGAACAUCUAUCUGUACAACCGUGUUAGUGUGCAAAAAGACAUUCCAAAAUAGAAGGUACACUACACCCAUAUAUAUGUCAUGGUGAACUUGGUAGGUGAGUGGGAUUUAAACAUACUUACAGCAUAAAGCCUCAUACGUAACGUUGUAAUAUGCCUGUCAGUGUGGUUUUAUGAAAAAUAAAGUUGCCAAGGCGCAACUUUUUUGUGACUUGCCAACAUACUUGCUUUAAAUGUAGUUGUCCAGAGUUAUGAUGCAUAAAGUAUUUAUUAUAUUUAUCUAUUAAACUUGUAAUUUUAUAAAUCUGCUUUCA